AUGGCAGGGCGGAUCCGGUUUUAUUGUGACCGUGAUCACAACUGCAAAAGUCAGGCUUCGGCUCUGUCGGUGGAUUAUGUGAAGUACAUUGAUUUUGAAGGAACUUCUGCGAGUGAGGAGGCGAUCAAGUUGGAUUGUGACCAGAAUUCAGGUUGCCACAACAUUAUAAUGGACCGCAUCAAAAUCACUUCUGCAGUUCCUGGCAAGAAGAUUUAUGCCUCCUGCAUCAGGGGACAAACCAACUACUUCUCUGCCAGCUCCGCUACGCCUCUGCCAUCUCCACCUUUGCUCGUUAUUCCUCAGCCAUCUCCGCCUGUGCCGGCUACACCUCCAAUAGCUCUGAUUUUGCCACCUCCGCCAACUCUUCCCUUGCCAGAUAUGCCUCCACCAGCUCCGCCCUCCUCCGCCAUCUCUGCCUCUGCCUUUGCCAUCUCCUCCCCUACUGGCUUCGCCUCCACAAUCUCCGCCCUUGCCGGCUAUGCCUCCGCCAUCUCCACCUCUCUCUCCGCCAUCCGCCACUGCUCUCUCUCUCUCUCUAAUUUCUAA